AUGGCCACUCCUGACGCAGGCGACACUCACGAGCCCCCCGGCGCUCCCGACGACGACGUGGACGAGGGGCUGAAGUUUCCAUACACGGAGGUUCCGAUUGACUCGGCGCGCCACCAGAUUCGACUGCUCACUCUCCGCGCUGGGGAAUGGAGUACGCCAGUGAGCUGCACCUUAUCAUCCGCUUCUUUAGACAACAAACCAGCAUUCAAGGCUCUCUCAUAUGCCUGGGGGGAUGACGAUACGUCCGCUGACAUCAUCAUCAAUGGCCAGCCUUUCUCGGUGUAUAAGAACCUCGACACUAUUCUCCAUCGGCUUCGCCGUGGUCCUGGAGGCAAGGACAUGGUGUUAUGGAUCGAUGCCAUCUGUAUCAACCAAGCAAAGAAGUCAAAGGAGGCGGUGGCCGAGAGAACAUCCCAGCUGCAAAUGAUGGCGACCAUAUAUUCGUGUUGUCGUGAAGUCCUUGUCUGGUUGGGGAACUGUUACACAGAUCGACUAACUCCCGUUCGUUUCCUGACUCGAGACAGCGAUAACAAGCAUCUGCUACAAGAGUACGCGGCCGAUUUCGAGAGGGACGCAACGACUCUGGAUUACUGCUUUCAUCUCGCUUGCUUCCUCUAUCUGCUCAAAGAUGCCGGCAGAAAGCUGGACUUAGCCUCUUACGAGCUGCCUCCUUUCUGGGCGUCUAGGGCAAGCCAUCGUCUUUCUCGUUACAAGAUCCCCCACCCCACGGAGGUAUUCAAAAGAAUCUACGCCAAUCGCAUGUAUCUGCUAUGCAGAUAUAUCGGGGUGAGUUCCUGGACAACGCGCCUAUGGACCUUGCAAGAGUACGGUGUUUCGCCGCAAAUCACUCUCUGCUUUGGCACCGCUGCCGUGCCUCAGGAGCGCUUCUCUGACAUGAAUAUAACAAAGGUCACGAAUCACGGCAACGGAGACGAUCUCCGGUACUGGAGUUCACUAUUUUCAAUCAGUUGUAACGAAUUCGUGAGAGGACUCCAUGAGCAUAUCUUGACUCGAAACUCUGUCGCGAUAUACCGUCCUCGAGCUCCAGGGUCUAUACUGCCGGCAAUUGUAUCUACCGUCUUCAGACCAGUAUUAAGACGGUUAACGAAAAAGAUCGCACGAAGGGUGGCGCGAUUUACCGUGUUCGAACUUGUCGCCACUUUCAGACAGGCCCAGGCUUCCAAAGGCCAAGACAAGGUGUUCGCCAUUGUGUCGUUCAUGACCUUUAUGGGCUUGAAAGUUCCUGACGACCUGCAAAUCAACUGCGAGCUCGACACGAGCGAAAUCUACUUCCGCGUAUCCAAGAACCAAAUUCUCAAAUGCAAGGGCGACGCAGAGGCGUACGAACCCCUUGCACCUCUGCGCUUCGCCCGAGAGAAGAACAAGCCCAAGCCCAAGCCCAAGGACCCCAAGCCCCUACCCAUCGACCUUCCCUCCUGGGCCGUUGAUUGGACAAGCUACCCGUGGGGCGACCAACACGUCAUCCCAGCUGCUCUUGUUCGCAGUAUGCCUCCAGAGCUGGCCCCAUGGCUGCACUUGGAAGCAAAACCAGAGGUCCAAGGCCCUGAACCCAAGGAAGACUGGCCAGCGCGCUUGGUCUCUGCGGCGCAGUACAACGCAACCAAGGGGUUCGUGGGUGCUAACCCUUCCAUCGAGGGACGCGUCCUGACUGUCUCUGGGAUCGCCGUUGGUAGAGUCACUGAAGUCUUCGACUUCGCCGAGAGUUCGAAAGCCUGGAAGCUAGCAUGGACCUGGCCUGCCCGCAGGGUGCCGCGUCGAGUUGGGACUACCCCAACAAUGCGCGAUCGCCGGGCCGCGGUGCUCCGGACACUUUGCGCGGACAUGCUGGGACCGCAGGACUGGGCGGCUAAGAUGGAGGUGUUCUGGUUGGAGUUGGGUGCCGCCUUUGAAGUUGCACUCAAGAGCUUCGAGGAGCCAGUUUCGUUUGCGUUUCUGGUGGAUAACGUGAGGGAGAUGAUAGAGCGGCGGGUUGCGCGAGGAGGAUGGACGGGUGAUAACGCUGCUACGUUCAACGCCCCUAGAUUUGUGGAGCAACUUGACAGCAUGCUAAGAUUCAUGAAGAUCAUGUCGCAUGGUAAUAGUCUCUUUGUGACGGAUAGCGGGCGGCUGGGGUUAGGCGGGAAGGAUAUUUCGGUACAGGAACAGGAUCAGGUUUAUGUGUUGUAUCAGGGGCGGACGCCCUUUGUCUUGCGCCCAAGACAGAUGGACGAGUCCACUUCGCGGUUUCAGUUAGUCAGUGAGUGUUUUGUUGACGGGCUGAUGCAAGGGGAGGCCGCAGGACUUGGGGGUGACUUACAGCGCAUUGAGAUAGAUUAG